AUGAAUUAACAAUUUAGUGUAGAGUAUUUGGGGAUUAAACCUACUCGUUACAAUCGAUUACCCAAUCUUAAUAACAAUCACUAUUUAAAUCUCUCUUAGGAAAUGCGUACUUCGCGAACGAAAAAAAAUUUAGCUUAACAAAAACUGCAUGCCCUCUCCAAUAAGAAGGAUGAUCCAAACGACUACUAUAAUCAUACUACAAUAUAUAAUGUCAAAGAAAAUAAAGACAUUUCAAAAACCCCUAUUAAUCAAGAAUUAAGCUUUUCUAAAUAUAAUGAACUUUAAACUAAACUUAUGGUUUCAGAUUUCAAAAAGAAGGUUGAUGCCUACCUCAAAAAAAACAACUAGAAAUCAAAUAUAAUGAGUAGUAAAUUAACUUCUUCAUUAAAGGAAUUGGAAUUACUCCAAUAAGUAAAAAAUGAGGAAUUGUUGAAUAAAUCUCUAUGUUCUAACAAGUACACAGUCAAGACUGAAAAAAAAUCCAUGAAGGCUAUGGAAAUAUUUAUUCUUGGAAAUAAUAAGAUUGUUACUAAAUAAGUAAUUUCAAGUGAACUUAUUCAAUAGAGAUUAUUAAAAUAAAUGGAAACGUUUCUAAAGGAUGACAGAUUCAACUAUGAUUUGAAAAUGUCAACAAUGAUAGAAUAAUAUGCAGAAAUUGUAACUAGAAUUCAUGAAAAAGCCUUCACUAUUAAAAUACCAGAAAAGUAUAUCAUUUAAAUGAGUGAUUACAAUGAAUAUUAUUAAAUCAAAGAAGAUACUAUAGAUAGCUUUCUUGAAAAUAAAUUAGAAAUCAUUGCAGAUCAUAUCAUCUAAGAAAUUCAACAAUCCAAAAGAACUACUCCAAAAAUAUUGAGUCAUAAAACUAGUGAAAUUCAUGAACCCAUUGUGGAGGCUGCUAUCAGUUAAACUGAAGAUUUGAUUAUGACAGAACCAACUAUUGUUCAUUAGUAAGAAAUCAUUAAGGAGGAAACCUCACAAAUCGAAUAGAUUAUCCCUGAGAAGAAAGUUUCUAAUAAAAAAAGUAGAUAAAGAAAGAAGAAUUAACAACCUAAAAACGAUAGAAAUCAAUCAGAUUAAUCUAGUCUCUCAGAAAUAGUGGAUUCUUCUUUAAAAAAUUCUAAUAUUAAAGAUAGUGAUGAUACUAGAAGAAGAAAGAAAGAGAAACAGAAAAUUACAAAUUAAGCUUAAAUUGAUGAAGAAGAAUAAGAUCCGUUACAAAAAGAAAAUGAAAAACAGCGAAGAUAAAAAAUUAUAAAAAAGCUAAGAGAAUUUAAUUAAUUAUUCAAACCCAAAAUUUUUUCAAGGGGAUAAUCUGAAAAUACUAUAUUAUAAAUUGAAGAACCAAUUAUACUUGCUCAACCAAAAUAAGCAAUUCUAAAGACUUUCAGUUUAAGACCUGCUGAUGAUACUACAAAUAUGAAAGAAAUUUAUGAAAUAAUUAGAGCUAAAAAAUAAUAGUUGUAUGAAUAUAACUAAGAAUAAUAAAGAAUAUAGUAUUAAGAGUAAACAAUUGAAAAUUCUAUAUAAAAUUAGACUAAAAUUUAAUAGAAGCCUCUAAAUUUAAUUGUGAAUGGCAAACAUAUCAGUGAAAUAAAGGAAGCAGCUGAGUUGUGGGAUUCAAAAAGGAAUUCUCCAAGGUCCUUCACAAAGUAAAGACAGAAUUUAAAUAAUUCAGCAAUUCCGGAAUAAAAAUAAGAAAUAAAAGUCAAUGAAUAGAUAUAAAUACCGGCAGAGGUCUAAGACAGUUAGGUUGAUUCUAAAGCUUUGCCGAAUAACAAUCCUGAUAAUGGUGGUAUUAAUUACUAAUAGAUUAUUAAUCAAAAAUUAAUAAGUAUAGAAGAUAAGUUGAAGUAAAAAUGUCAAGAUAUUUUUGAUAUUUUAUUAGCUUCUGAAUAUGUUUAUGAUGUAAAAAUAGAUGAUUACAAAAUUGGGAAACCAAAUUCAAGUAAAAUCAACCAUCCAAAUUUUAUAUUUUAGCAGGACUAAGAUGAAAUAGUAUUUACUCAUCAGGUCUUAUGGAGGAGAGAAAUACAAUAAGUGAUUCCUAAGCUUAACUCUGUUAAUAAAUAAAUGUAAGUUUAAAUUAACUCAGAAGAUGAGUAUAUUUAAGAUACUUAACAGAUAAUUAGUGAAGAAGAAGAUGAUGAUGAAGACAAAGAUGAUGAAAAUGAAGAUUCGAUAAAUUGA